GUGGCAUAGGAAAGCCACAUUGUUCUAUCUUUUCCCAAUCAAAAACUCCACCACACAAAUCAAAUCCCUAACCUUCUCAGUUUUUGCUUCGUUUCUAUCUGCAACAAUUACUACUAUUUUUUAUUUUUUAUUUUUUUAAUCUCACGCAUCUUCCAGCUCGGUUGAACCAUUCUUUCGCUUCUUCAUCGUGCCGCCAUUUAUUUUUUCCCUUUUUGGGAUCUUUGUGGUUGUUGUCUGAUUCCGAUGAAUUAUGCAAAAGAAGUUUCGUGUGUUGACCCCAUUUCUGUCGCAAAUGGCCGCCGCUGACAACACCACCAAGCCAAGGGAUUAUUACAAAGUGUUGGAGGUUGAUUAUGAUGCAACUGAUGAAAACAUCAAAUUAAAUUACCGAAGACUUGCAUUGAAAUGGCAUCCUGACAAGCAUAAAGGUGACAGUACAGUUACUGCAAAAUUUCAAGAGAUAAAUGAAGCUUACAAUGUGUUGAGUGAUCCUGCCAAGCGUUGUGACUAUGAUUUAACCGGAGCCUGUGAGAUCGAAAAGUAUAGCUUGCAGGAAUACCUUGCCAGAUUUAAAGGCAUGAUUCUUACCUGCAAUGGACUUGGCAUCAACCAUACAGACAGAUGGUCGCCACAUUUGAUUGAAAGUAUUGAUUCCUUAGAUGAGUAAAAGGUCUGUCCUUUCUGUUGUUAUACAUAUUCUAUGUUCUCUUGAUAUGAACACUGCAAUAGGGCAUGUCCCUUCAAAUUCAUUUGAGAAGUUAGACCAGAAGAACAGAAUUAUGAUUUAUGAAUGAGGAUACCUUAAUAUGCCUUUUCUCUUUGGCAACUAGAGAGGAUACUCUAUUUGGGGUAAUCCCUGCCCUUAAGUUCCAUCCCAGCCAAUUUUACUGAAAUAUGAACCUUGGACCUCCAUAAGACCAUAAUUGAGAGUACCAAAAGAUGAGUUGAAAUACAUAAACAUCAUGGUCCGAUUGAAUGUAUGACUAAUACUUCCAAAUAUACGUUUAGAAGUUAGAACUGUC